AAAACCUAACUUUUUUCACUUUCUUUGCUAUUCAUGCUUUCUCUAUUUUCUGCCCACCUAAACACAAGCAUCCCAAGUGGUCAAAUUGCUCUAUCACCGUAGAAAGUGAUUUUCAUAUAUCACUUUUUUUCUGCACAUAUAUGAACCUGAAAGCCUAUUAGUGUUAGACAUACACAGGCUCUGCUAUCUUAAUGCUGCUAUGGCUUUUGAAGAUGGUUCCAAAGCUGGUUUAAAAAUCUUUCCUCUUACUAGGACUACUCUGGCAUCUUUGGAGUCUUUGUCCCUGCCAACGGUCCAGGAAAUUGUUAUUUCUGCGGAUAUGCAAUGUGAAAAGUGCCGGAAAAGGGUAGCUGACAUUAUCACUAAAAUGAAUGCAGAGACGGAGUCCGUGGAGGUGAAUGUGUUGGAAAAGAAGGUGGUACUUACUUUUAGAUUACCAACUAUUGGUAAAGUAAUCUCACAGCCCCUCCCUAAGGUUGCCAUUAUUAAACGGAUAUUUCGCUCUUCACAAAGUUAACUAUGACUAAGAAAGGAUCCACUUGUGCACUAGAUUCGCUAAACUACUGAUUUGGUAAUGUACAGCAGUGUAUUCAUGAUUCAUUUUUUGUAAUUGCUUUCAUCAGUUUGCCCUACUGAUAAUGAUAUAUGACCGUUCCCAAACAGCGUCAAAGUGAUUUUAGGUAUGUUUAUUUUAAAUGUAGGUAGAAUUGAUUUUGAAUUUUUUCAUCAUAAUUGGGAAUGUGUACCGAAAUUGAUCUUAAUUUGAGAUUUUAUAUUAAAAUGUGUGGUGAGAAAAUUUAAUGCAAGCAAGCAGACAUUGAAUUAUGUAUUUAAAUCAUUUUUUUUUAUCUACUAGAGUGUGGGCCAGAGAAUGCACAACCUUAUGGCAAAUGGUCUUCAUUGAAAUUGGGAAAUAACCAACCUUUCCAUUACUCAUUACUGAAAUUAGAAAUUUAGAAUGCUAAAUUUUGUGCAUUUUCCCUUUAGACUUAGAGCCUACAUCAGACUUUGAACAUAAGAAAGAGUUUAUUCGGUGUUGCUUUAGGUAUAGGCAAUGCAAAUCGUGGGCUUGUAAUGAUGUUCUCAAGUGAAUUAAGCGUUGAGGUGAAGGUAAGGAUAGAAAGACUUGCCAGAUAAACAACUUCCUCCACUUAGCUUAGUCCAAGCACAAUCAGAUUUCAAAAUCAAGAAAAAAAUUUGCACGUGUAAGAGAUACACACGAGUAAAAUUAUCCAUCAACAUCCAACAUCCCUUUCCUCAAAAGUCAAUACCCCAACAAGAUCCUUCUCCUAUGCCUCUUUUGCUUAUCAAAAUAAAACUUUGUUUAUUUCUUAUAAACAAAUAAUCUCUAUCGAUUACAGGAAGUACUUAACUCUUUUUAUAUAGAUUGUAAUGCAAUUCCCUCUUUUUCUUUUUCUUUUUUCUUCUUUUCUUUAAACAAUUGGGUUAUUCU